GGUUGCUGGGUUGUGGGCAGGAGUGUUUACCAGUCAUUUCUCCACUUUGGGGUCCUAUCAACAAUUUAUGGAAGUUCUAGUUGCUUUGUAUUUGUCACCAUUUAGUGUUGUCAUUCAUUUUAUUUUAUUCGUUUUGGUGUGUUGUGAAUCUCAUUGUGGUUUUAAAUUUAAUGUUAUUUUUGAAAUUUUUGUUUUUCUUUUUCCUUUCCAUUAAAAGGCAAGCCCCUAUGGCCAGGGUUAUUGAUUGAUUGACUGCAGUGCUGGGAUUGGAACCCAGGCCUUGUACAUGCUAGGCAAGCACUCUACCACUGAGCCACAUCUGUAGUCCCCAGGGUUUUCUAGAUGCUUGGUUCCUGCUCUGUUCCAGCACGAGACAGGGUGUGGCACAUGGUAGGUGCUCAGUAAACAUCCUUUAAGUGAGUGACCUUUCCUCUGGAUGCCCAUAGUGUCAUCUCUGCCUGCCACUAUUAGAGGGUGUGUCUCCCACUGCAGGCCAUGCACAGGGACUGCCUGUGGCAAGCAUAGCUGCUGGGCGCUGAGAGAAACAGGUGUGGGAGUGUCAGCUCUGAGAAGCGUCUGGCCCAUGGUCAAGCAUGCUCCCCGCAGCUCCACUCCUACCCUCUCAUUCCUGCCGUUCCGUGGCUCCUGACUUGGACACAUGAGCCUGAGAAAAAGCAGACAGCUGGCCUGGGCUGGCCUGUCACAUGAGGGCGGAGCACCACUGCUGGGUGGCCACCGAUGACUGUGUGAUCUCACAGGUCACACAGUUCCUGGGAGGCUGUUUGCUUGUUUGCUUGUAUGGCAGGCAGGCCAGACAGACCUGGGUCUAAGGCAGCUUCACCACGAACUGAAUACCUUUGAGCAAUGUCUCUUGCUCCGGAAGUCCAUUUCUUCAUCUGAAAAUGGAGACAGUAUUGGAACCUACUUCUGAGGUUGAGAUCAGUGCACAACCCAGAAGGCCUGGGGUCUUGGCAGAAACAGGAAUCUUCUGGACCAACUGGAGCCCCGCCCAUGGUGGUGUCUUAUUUAAGACCCGGGCCUCCAGCCGAUCCCCACGGCCCCGCGCCCCAUCCCAGCAGCCGACCAGGCUCUGCGAACGGCCCUGCCCCGUCCCCACCCGCCAGUCAGUCGCUGUCGGAGUCCUCCGUCUACCCCAGGUCGCGCUCUAGCCCAUUUGAACCUCCCCCGCGUCCCCACGGCCACUCCUCCAGGCGGAGCAUCUCCAGGCAGCUCCGCCGCCGGCGCCCCAGCCGCGGAGGCAAGUCCACAGCCCAUGCUGAGGAUGACCUGCCAAGGCGCCCAACUCUCUCUUCUGCCGAGUUAAGCCGGCAGGACCCCAGCCCUGCCUGGAUUCUGCUGUGCGUCUACUCGAGCGCACGCCCGCGGCUGGGACGAGAACGCAGCAGCGCCGAGCGUCGGCCCGCAGCCCAGCCUCCCGCCGCCAGCCUUCCUCGCUCUGGGCCUCUGCUCCUCCGAGGCCGCUCAGCGCCCCACCAGCAACUCACAGCCCUCUACCCCGCUUCCCGCUGAGCACCGGCGCUUCCCUGCUCCCCGCAUCCGCUCCCUCCGCACCGCUGCCCUGGCCAAGUCCAGCAGAGUCCAGGUUGCCUCGCUUUACUCAGUCCGCAGGCUCCCACGACCACUUCCUCCUUGAAUCCUCGCUCCUUCUGGCUUCUGUGACAGAGGCUGCAGAUCGGCACUCCCAACAGCUGUCAUCCCUUUCCGCCUUCGAAGAGAAGCCCGAAUGUCCUUUAGGGCGGCCGAGCGCCCCAGUAGAGAACUUGACUUCCCGGUUCCAUGCAGUUAGGAGAGGCAAAGCGGUUAAACGUUGCUCAAUAAAGCAUCAGUGGAAAGUGUUGUGUGGGUUUUCUGGGAAAUCUCCUUCAAGAGUAUAUCCUUCUCCACCGCAGCCUGGAAUUUGAAUGGAUGUCUGGGGUUUCAGCAGCUAUCUUAGGGGUGUGGAACUGGAAGCUGCAAGAAACCUGGGCCCUGGACUACUGACCAGAUCAACUUUUGUCCUGUUUAAACCAGUUAUUUUGGGCUUCCUGAAGCUGAACCGCAUCCUAAGUGAAACUUCUGUGACCACCAACUCUUCUGGCUGCUGCUCCUCCACACCAGUCCAGAGAUGAGGUUACCAGGUGCUGCUUUCAGACCUCAUUUCUCCUCUUUUCCUUCUUUCACUCUGACGAAUCCCUCUGAAGCCCCUUGACUUUAAAUACCAAUCACAGACUGCUAACUCCAAAUCCGUGUGUCCAGCAUGAACUGGCAGAAGAAUGUACUCAGCAGUUCAUUCAACACAUCUCAUUAGAUGCAUUGGUAACUAAUGGCUUCAACUAAACAGGCCAUUUUGGUGCCCCACCACUCCAGAGUCUCCCAGUCAUUCCCAUCUCAGUAAUUGGAAGCACCUGGUUGCCACCAAGCACCCUGGAGUCUCCCUUGACGUCUCCCUCCUUCUGUCCCACCUCGAACACCAGCAAGUUCUGACACACUCUCCUGAGUGCCCCACUUCUGCACCAGGAAACCCCUCUUGUCCAGGUCACCAUUAGUUCUCACUGGCUAACUGGGCUCCUGCUUCCACCCGGCCCUGCACUCUCCACUAAACUCCCAGAAUGCAAAAUACAAGUUCAUUUUCAAAGAUAGCAGACUUCAUGUUUGUGCUGGCUUCUCUGGUUACCCUUCCAGUUCUCCAGGGAGUUCUAGAUAAUUCUCUUCACUCUUCAGUUACUUUAUUGGAAAAAGGCUGGGAGGCAUCAGCU